AUGGCUACCCCUAGUGUCCUAGCUUUUGACGCUGAGGGUCGCGCCAUUGAUUUUGAGGUCUGGUUAGACGACCUGCAGCUGUUCUUAGAGUGCGACAGGGCUGACAGCCUUUCUCUCUUUGACCUCACCUCUGGCGCCUCUCCUGCUCCUGCUGCUGAUGCUGAUCCCACUGUCCGCUCUCAGUGGGCCACCCGCGAUGCUGCUGCACGUCUUGCUGUGCGUCGCCACCUCCCUACCUCUGAGCGUGCGCACUUUAGUCAGUACAAGAGUGCUCAGACCUUGUACGACGCUGUAGUUGCGCGCUACUCCUCCCCUGCCACUGCUGCACUGAGCCCGACACUCGCUACCAGCGCCGCCCUUCCUGCUGAGUUCUGCGCUAAGAACCCACCCCCCAUGUACAUCGCUCUCUACUACGUAGUUGCGCGCCUCCCUGACUCCCUUCGCGUAGUCAGGGACCACUUUCUCGCAGUCUGUCCCACCACCCUCACCGUCGACCUCCUCGAGAAGGCCCUCCUCGCAGCGGAGAAGAGCAUAGUCGCUGUAGGUGCUUCUCGUGGUGACCCUCGCACCCCCAUCUUUGAGGGGUGCUCUCCUUCCCCCUUGCUGCCUUCUGUUGCCUCUGCUGCUGCUGCCGACCUGCUUGGUCUUGAGUCGGUCGGCGCGGCAUCUACCCCUAGUGGGAGACGUCGCUCCAGCAAGGGCAAGGGGGGCAAGGGCGCGGGUGGAGCUGGAGGAAGCGGUGGCGGUGGCGGCGGAGGGAGUGGGGGUGGCGGCGGGACUAGUGGCGGGGGUGGUGGUGGUGGUGGCAGCAGCAGCGGAGACGAUGGUGGUGGUGCCAGCGGUGGUGGUGGAGGCAGCGGCGGGGGUGGAGGCGGCGGAGGUGGAGGGGGUGGAGGCGGCAGCGGAGGAGGCGGUGGUGGUGGAGGAGGUGGAGCUGGUCGGGGUGGUACCCAGCAGCGUAGCGGCGGUGGUGGUGGCCAGCGCUCGCAGCGGCAGCAGCAGCAGCGCUCGCGGGGACAUCCCUCCGCCUCAGCAGCUUCGGCUGGUGUAGCGAUCUUUGAUCUUGAUUUUGAUGCUAUCCUUGCUGCUAUGUAUGCUGUGGAUUAUAGUGAGGAGAAUGAGGGUUACCGGUGUUUCCUGCCCGACCCGGGCAUUGGUACUGCUGCGCUAGGUGCUUGUGAGGCUGCUGCUCUAGGUGCCAGUGCGACUACGCUCUCAGGUACUGGUGAGACUGCGCUCUCAGGUACUGCGUCGUCCUCGUCCUCCCUCACUUUCACACUUGACUCCGGGGCUUCUCGCUCCUUCUUUCGAGACCACACUACCCUUACGCCGCUCGGCCGGCCGGUUGCGGUCUCCCUUGCUGACCCCUCUGGGGGUCCUGUCCUUUCUCACUUCUCCACUGUCCUCCCGUGUCCGGCUGCCCCUUCGGGCACCCUGUCUGGUCUGUACCUUCCCUCGUUCUCUACGAACUUGGUGAGUGGAGCGGACCUGCAAGCUGUGGGGGUUGACCUGUUCACUCCUGCGAGUCAGCGGGUGACCCACUGCACGGAGGCACGCACAGGCCGACACCUGGCCACGUUCUCGCGUCGGCCGGGGUCGAGUCUCUACACCCUGACCGUUGCGUCUCCUCCUGUCCCUGCGUCUGGUCAGGUGGCUGCGUCGGGUCACGUGCUUGCUGCUGCGUCCCGGUCAGGUCCUGAGUCUGCCCCCUGUUCUUGUCGCCUCCUGUCUCACGAGACUCUCCUGUGGCACCACCGUCUUGGCCACCCCUCCUUGCCCCGUCUUCGGAGCAUGGCUUCCCGUGUCCUUGUCUCUGGUCUUCCCCAGUCUCUCCCUCCUCUCCCCUCCGGGCAAGGACCUUCCUGUGUCCCCUGCGUCGAGGGUCGCCUCCGGGCUACUCCUCACUCCUCCCACUUCCCCCCGACAGAGGCUCCCCUGCAGACGCUUCACAUGGAUGUGUGGGGCCCAGCCCCCGUCCGUGGGCAGGGUUACGAGCGCUACUUCCUGCUGGUGGUUGACGACUACUCGCGUUACACCACAGUCCUCCCCUUGCGCAGCAAGGGUACGCUCACUGAGGUACUGAUCGACUGGAUCCGCGAGGCUCGUCUCCAGCUCAGGAAGAGCUUCGGCUCGGACUCGGACAGAGGCGGAGAGUUCUCUUCUCGCCUUCUGCGGGACUACUGUCGUGCACGGGGGAUUCGCCAGACCUUCACGCUUCCGGACUCACCACAGCAAAAUGGGAUUGCUGAGCGCCGCAUUGGCAUGGUCAUGGAUGUCGCUCGUACGUCCAUGAUGCAUGCGGCUGCCCCCCAUUUUCUGUGGCCGUUUGCGGUGAGGUACGCGGCGCAUCAGCUCAACCUUCACCCCCGGGUCUCUCGGCCUGCGAUGUCCCCAGCCUUGCUGUGGACGGGGAAGGUUGGCGAUGCGUCUGUGUUCCGUGUCUGGGGAUCUCGGGCGUUUGUCCGCAACUUGUCUGCGGACAAGCUGUCCCCUCGUGCUGCUCCCUGUGUCUUCCUUGGCUUCCCCACUGACGCCCCAGGGUGGCAGUUUUACCACCCCUCCUCUCGUCGUGUUCUGUCCUCCCAGGACGUCACGUUCGACGAGUCAGUCCCCUUCUACCGUCUCUUCCCCUACCGCACUCCUUCCCUCCCCCCUCCCCCGGACUUCCUUGUGCCGGUUCCCCCCCCGGUAGACCCCCUCCCCCCUCAGGUUCCUGCCCCCUCAGGUGUGUCCCAGGUAGACGCCGUUGACCCGGUCGAGGUUACUGGUGACUCUGGUGCUGCUGCGGGUGCUGAGCCUGGGGGUGCUGACUCUGGGGGUGCUGUGCGCGGGGGUGCUGAGCCUGGGGGUGCUACUGCUGGGGGUGCUGGGCCUGAGGGUGCUCCUGCGGAGGGUGCGGAGCCUGGGGGUGCUGAGCCUGGGGGUGCUGUGCCUGGAGGUGCUGGGUCUGGGGGUGCUGGGUCGGGAGCUGCUGAGCCUGGGGGUGCUGAGCUGAGAGCUGCUGAGCCUGGGGGUGCUGCGUCUGGAGCUGCUGAGCCUGGGGUUUCUCCUGCUGCUGCGUCUCGCCGGGAGCCCCUCUCUCCACAGGAGCUGCGCGAGUGGUUCGCUCGCCGCUGGAGGCGUGCUGCUGAGUCUGGAGGUGCUGCUGGAGCUGGAGCUGGAGCUUCUUCGACCGUCGAGAGUGCGGGUGCUACCGGUCCCGGAGCUGCUGGACCUGCGGGUCCUCCUGGAGCUGGAGCUGCUGAGGGCAUUGGUGCUGAGCCUACUGCUGUUGGUCCUGCCGCUGGAGGUGUGGGUGGUGCUGGUGCUGUCGCUGAGGGUGGUGGUGCUGUCCCUGCUGAGUCUGGAGCUGCCGCGCGGCCUCGGCCGUACUUCGUUCCGCUCCUGCAGCAGGUUCUUGGUCUUUCUCCUCUAGUAGAGGGUCCACCGCUUGUCCAGUCGCAGUCCCUGCUGGAGCCUUCCUCUCCACUGCCUGCUCCCUCUCCUUACACUGGUCCUACUGGAGGUCUUGCUGAGCGUCGUGAGCCUGCGUCUCGUCCCGCGUCGCCUGUUCGUGCUGCUCGCGCUAGUGGUCGCAGUUCGCGUCAGCGUCCUCCUCCUGUCCCUGGCACGCACCGGAUGUCUUUGCGUCCGUCCACUGCUCCUCUGCGUGCCCCUUUGCCGUCUCCUCCUGAGUCCUCUCUUCCUGCGCUUGCCGACCCUGAGUCGGACUCUCUUCGUGCUGCCAGUCCUACUGUCACGCGUCUGCUUGCUACUGUCGUCACUGACCCCUCUUUUGAGUCCACUGCUGCGUCUGCUCUAGUCGCUGAGCUCGUCGACUUUGCUGCUCGCUGUCGUCUCGACUACGCUGCUAGUCUUGUUGCUGAGUCUGCGUCUGUCUGUCCUCCGUCCGUCGGGGGUGAGUGUGCUCUUGGCACGGACGUCCUAGAGGACAGGCAGGAGGAGUUACAGUGUCUAGCGGCUGCUUCACCUCAUCUCGCGUCUGUACUGCUUGCCCCUGAGGGAGACCCGGAUGCACUAGACAUCCCGACUCCGCGUUCUUACGCGGAGGCCGUAGAGGGUCCCUACUCCUCUCAGUGGCAGGCAGCUAUGGAUGCAGAGAUGGCUUCCUGGAAGUCCACAGGCACCUACGUUGACGCGGUUCCCCCUCCUGGGGCGAACAUCGUCAGUGGCAUGUGGAUCUUCAGGGUGAAGCGGCCGCCGGGCUCUCCACCUGUCUUCAAGGCACGGUACGUUGCUCGUGGCUUCAGUCAGCGGCAGGGAGUUGACUACUUUCAGACCUUCUCUCCCACCCCGAAGAUGACUACUCUUCGGGUGCUGCUGCACAUAGCCGCUCAGCGCGACUACGAGCUUCACUCUCUCGACUUCAGCACUGCGUUCUUGCAGGGUAGCCUGCACGAGGAGAUCUGGCUUCGCCGUCCACCUGGCUUCACUGGGACUUUCCCUCCUGGCACCCAGUGGAGCCUCCGACGGCCAGUCUACGGUCUCCGCCAGGCACCGCGUGAGUGGCACGACACACUGAGGACUACGCUUGCGGCUCUUGGGUUUGCUCCUUCUACUGCUGACCCAUCGCUGUUUCUUCGCACCGACACUUCCCUGCCGCCGUUUUACAUCCUCGUGUACGUCGACGACUUGGUCUUUGCCACAGCGGACACUGCUGGACUCGCCUACGUGAAGUCCGAGCUGCUGAAGAGACACACGUGCACAGACCUGGGUGAACUGCGCAGCUACCUUGGCUUGCAGAUCACUCGGGACAGAGCACGCCGCACCAUUACCUUGACUCAGUCACACAUGGUGCAGCAGGUCCUUCAGCGCUUCGGCUUCACGUACUCCUCGCCUCAGGCCACUCCUCUGCCUACUCGCCACUCACUCUCAGCUCUGCCUUCGGAUGAGUCCGUAGAGUCGAGUGGUUCAUAUGCAGAGCUUGUUGGCUGCCUCAUGUACCUGAUGACCUGCACACGACCUGACCUUGCAUACCCUCUGAGCAUUCUUGCACGCUAUGUUGCUCCUGGGAGACACAGACCGGAGCACAUGGCUGCAGCGAAGAGGGUAUUGCGCUACCUGUGCAGUACGUCGGGCAUGGGGCUAGUGCUUGGAGGGCGGAGUCCAGUGGUCCUUACCGGCCACGCAGACGCUUCUUGGGCUGACGACCAGGCUACGCAGCGGUCGUCACAGGGUUACACCUUCAGCCUUGGUUCCGGCUCUGUCUCGUGGCGGUCUACUCGCUCGUCUUCGGUUCUCGGCUCCAGUUGUGAGGCUGAGAUCUACGCCGGGGCCAUGGCUGCACAGGAGCUUCGCUGGCUCACCUACCUGCUGACUGACCUUGGAGAGCCGCCUCGUUCUCCUCCAGUGCUGUACGUAGACAACAAGGCCAUGCUGGCCUUGUGUCGAGAGCAGCGCUUGGAGCACAGAACGAAGCACAUUGCUCUCCACUACUUCCUUGCUCGUGAGCUGCAGCAGCGUGGUCAGUUGCGACUUGCGUACGUGGCCUCUGAGGCCAACACUGCUGAUGUGUUCACCAAGGCACUCGCGCCUUGUGACCAUCAGCGCUUUUGCACCCAGCUGGGUCUUGUACCUGUCUUGCCUCACUUGCUCUCCUCUUGA